UCAUCGCCAUGGACAUCAGUUCCGAGCAGUGAUUCAAAGAAACAAGUGCCCCGAAGUUGAAAUUGGAGGCGUUCGCGUGUGCCAAGAUCCGAAAUUGAAACUUUUACUCGGCUCUGUGAGUGAUUUGUUAUCGUUUUUUUUUUCGUGGUAAUUUUUUUUACGCGCUAUUAACUAACAAGAAGAUGGCUUUGGAGCGUCAAGUUCGUGCCAAGAUUGCUGGCAAGCGUGACCUGGAGAAGGACAAGGAAGCCCAGUACUGGAUCGAGGAGGUGCUGGGAGAAAAGUUCCCCGCCGGAGUGCUGUACGAGGAUGCCCUGCGGGAUGGGUUGGUCCUGUGCCAGCUGAUCAACAAACUGUCCCCCGGGGCGGUGCCCAAGAUCAACACGUCCGGAUCGCAGUUCAAGAUGAUGGAAAACAUCAACAUGUUCCAGCAGGCAAUCAAAAAGUACGGCGUACCGGACCUGGACGUGUUCCAAACGGUGGACCUGUACGAGAAGAAGGACAUCGCCCAAGUGACCAGCACGAUAUUCGCGCUGGGACGAGCGUGCUACAAACACCCCGAAUUCACCGGACCGUCUCUGGGACCGAAGCCAGCCGAUGAGUGCAAACGUAACUUCACCGAGGAACAACUCGCCGCCGGUCAGACCAUCAUCGGCCUCCAGGCCGGCACCAACAAAGGCGCCAGCCAAGCCGGCCAGAACCUUGGCGCCGGCCGUAAAAUCAUCCUCGGCAAGUGAGGAAGAAACAAAAAACCUCCCAGCUGCGAUUCACAAUUUUUUUUUUAAUUUCAUUCAAAUUUUCCUUUGUUGACUUUAUUGCCAUAACAUUUAGAUUUGGUUGAUUUAUUGCUUACUCUAAAAUCCCGAUAAACCAUUUUGUAUUUGUAUUACCGAUAGUGUGUGAGUAUAAGUACCGCAGGAGCGUAGCCAGUUUAGAGCAGAGCAGAGAGCAGAAUGAUUGAUAUUUGUACUGAAAUUAUGGAUUUAUUGCAAAGUUUCGACAAUACCAAAACCGCGCCUUGCAGUCUUUUAUCCAGUACGAUUGUAUUUUGUACCUAUACGUAUUAAUAAGCUGAAGAAACAUUUGUAUUGAACAAAGUAUGAGAAUUAUGAAAUGGACUAUUUUUACAAAAAUAACAACUAGGACAAACA